AUGAGCAGUCAUAGAUCUACAGACUCUGGUCGCAAGUCAUCAAGAAAGACCACGACGGUGUCGACUCCAUCGCCGUAUAGCCCAGGCCAACCCUACGUUACCACUCAGUAUAACGGUUGGCCGGCGACCGCGCCGGUAUCUAGACAAGCGGGCGGCGGGCAACAAUACACUCAUCAGCCCUCGUCCUCGACCUCAACGCCGUACCCCGUCUACACCGAUAACUCGAGUCAGCCUUCGUGGAAUAGUUCAACAGGGAGCCAAGGUGGAAUUCAGUACGGCGAUCCCGUCAGAGACGCAGACGUGGCUUAUAGUCGUCAACAAAGUGCUGAAUACGCUCAAGGUCAUCCGGGCACCACGCAGUCCCCUUCAGGGUAUCGGAUCGACCACCAAGCGGAGCUCGCCAAAUUUGACCAGAGCUACCAAGGUCAAUCAUUGACAGGAACCAAGCCGUAUUAUUCUACGUCCACAUACGCUCCCACCCUUGAUCUCGACUUCCCUCCAAGCCAAAGUCAAAGCCAAAGCCAAAGCAGAAGGGACGACAGACGCGGGGGCUCAUCGGUCUCUGGAAGCAAGCAUCAUUCCUCUUCGUCUCGUCGUCAUAAAUAG